AUGCCACCAAGCUUAAAGGAUAAAGGCGGUCGCCUUCUGGCCUUUGCCAACGCUGGCAUAAAAAAUGAGCCUCAAUCACAAGUGGAGAUCAAGCCAUCGAGCGCAGAGCCGCCACAUAAUCCUCAUCCACCUCCAGCUCCUGUGCCUCGCCCUGCUAGUUUUCCAAGAGAGAUCCAGGGGCUUGGUGGUAGAAACACCGCUCCCCCGAGACAGAACCACCCUUUCAGCCAACCACCGCCCCGUUCACCGCAGCUCUCGGUGGUAUCUUCUCCCAAUGACCGCGGCAAGACCAACUCGAACGGGCGACCGGACCUUUUCUCCGGCUCACAACUUGAUGAGAACUUUCUAGAGUCUGGCCUGACUACUCCUUACAACGAACCUGUUGAACCCGUUAGGCUCGGGCUCGAGUUAACCCAAGACCUUAAGAAGAACAUUCCACCACACCGACUACCUGAUCGCAACCGAUUCCAACGAACUGCGCCGACAAGUGAUUUGUUCACAGUUGGGGAUGACCUACGCAUGAAUGUGAUCAGUCGGCCUCAACGACACAAUAUCGACCACAUGGGCGAUGGUUUUCAGGAUAAUGUGAACGUUAGACAUGGAAAGGUCAACCCUCAAUAUGAUCAUGGGCGAGCUCGUCCCGAAUCGCCAGCCAGACUUGACUCUAGACUUCCUAUGCGUGAAGUGAGGAUUCGAAAAUCACACAGUGGCCGGUCAGAAGCCUAUGAUGCGAACCGGGUGAUGAGUCCCUCUCCUAAGCGUCAUCAGACGCAAUGGCAAAGCAACCAUAGAAAUGAGACCGCACGGCAGCCUGCUGUGCAGCAUGUGGAUGAUGAGGAUGUGGAGACCUCUUCUCAAGAGGAGGAGCAUGCAACACCAAGGCCUCGUGCAGUCCAACCUGUGAUCCAAAGAACUAUGUUGGAGAGCAUACCGGCUGUUACGAACCCGGUCCCAAGAAUGAAUCGCCAAGACAACAAACGGCGCCGCCCAGACCCGGAGUACAACGACUCUGCUUUGAGAUCCAUGUCAUUCAACACCCUUCAACAACAACCUUUUGAUUUUGACCCGUCAAAGGAUGAACAAAAGGGGACUGGAGUUAAUUCUGAAAAUAUAGAGGCCAAGUUGGACCAAUUUCGUCAUGUUGACGAGCAGGAACAGCAUGACCUCUUUUCCAACAUGUCAAUUGAAAAUUGGGAAACGUCUGGGGAUUGGUUUGUCAGUGAGUUUAGCGGUUUGAUGCAACGACUUAUGGAGUCGAGGAGACAUAAGCGCAAUAUCAUUCAGGAGUUUGAGCAGGAAGCGGCCGAUCGCGAGGAAGCUGUUCGCCUGAGAACAGAAGCCGUCGACCGAAAGCUCUCAAGGAUGAAGCAAGAUGGUCAACGAGUGGUGGAGGACAAGACCUCAUGA